AUGAGGUUACAUUUAGUCAUAUUUGCUCUUCUAGGAGUGGUUUUAGCUGAACUUUGUGUUGCGGUCAUUUUUAAGUUCACAAACUUUGUGUGUGAGAGCUAUAACAAAUCUUGGGUCGAGUUUAAUAACUGUCGCCUGAAGGCCGUAAGUCGUGACAAGGUUGUACUAAAUAUGGACCUAGAAAUUCUGCAUCCCGCCUUCGAUAUACAAACCCUGAUGAAAAUUUACAAAAGAGAAACUGGCUAUAAGCCUUGGCUCAUUGACACCAAAAUCGAUUGGUGCCGAUUCAUGAGAACCAAUUAUGAUCCUGUGGGCAAAAUAGUACUCAGCCUUUUCAAACCAUUUAGCAAUAUCAACCACACGUGUCCAUAUGUGGGCCCACAGAUUAUGAAGGGCGUAGCUCUUAAUCCGGAACUAUUACUUCUACCGUUUCCCACUGGCGAUUACCUUUUGGCAAUAAGAUGAUGACAAAUGUUGUUUGUGAGACCUAUAAUAAAACUUGGUUCG